GGGUUGCUGCUUAGACACGGCCUUCAUAGUAACUGAGUCCUGCCUCCACGACCAUGGUGGGUUGGGGUCCCACCCAUCUCCCUCUGCUGACUUGUGCCCUCUUGCUAUUGCUGUGGAGGUCUAAUGGGCUUGUAGGGAGAGGCAGGCACUGGGCACCCAAGGAAGACCAAGCACACGCCAUAGGGAAGGAGAUGCAGCUUGGCCACGACGAGACCAUGAAGAGGCGCCUUGGCACCAUGCACGCCCUGUCCAGGCAGUACUGGCAGUACCUGGCCUGUGGAUUGUGGCAGGCGGGCUGCGAAGGAGAGGAAGAUGAGCAGGCUGACAUGGAUCAGAAGGGGUGGAGUUUGCCCCUGGAGGUGUUAUCCAGCUGGUACUGUAGCUUCAGCAAGUGCUGCGAGACAGGAGACUGCAGAGUAACCAACAACAUCACAGGGUUAGAGUCAGACCUGAACAGGAGGCUCCAUGGGCAGCACCUGGCAAGGAAGCUCAUUCUGAGAGCAGUGAGAGGGUUCCUGCAGCGCCCUCAGCCGGAGAAGGCGCUGGUUCUGUCGUUCCACGGCUGGUCAGGCACCGGGAAGAACUUUGUGGCGCGGAUGAUUGCUGAUCACCUGUACCGAGAUGGGCUGAAGAGCGAGUGUGUUAAAGUCUUUAUCUCGCUUUUUCACUUCCCACAUCCUGCAUACUUGGACUCCUACAAGGUUCAGCUCAAGAAGCAAAUCAGUGAGACGGUGAACUUCUGUGAGCAGGCCCUGUUUAUCUUUGAUGAGGCAGAGAAGCUUCAUACGGACCUGUUGGAUACCAUCAAACCCUACGUGGAUCACUAUGACAGCAUUGGCCAGGUGGACUACAGGAGGUCCAUCUUUUUAUUUCUCAGUAAUAGUGGUGGCAACACCAUCAAUGAAGUGGCCUUGGAUUUUUGGCGAGCUGGACAGGCCAGGGAAGAAAUCACCAUGGAGUACUUAGAGCAGCGCCUGCGGAUGGAGCUGAAGGAGUCCCCAGGAACUGCCUUUGCCCAUAGUCACCUUCUUGAAGAGAACCUCAUUGACUUCUUUGUGCCAUUCUUGCCCCUGGAGUUUCAUCAUGUGAAGCUGUGUGCUCGAGAUGCUUUCCUGGCCCAGGGACUUCCGUACACAGAGACAGCACUCGAUGAGGUGGCCAGAAUGAUGGUAUUUGUACCUAAAGACGAGAGGCUCUUCUCUGCCCAGGGCUGUAAAUCGGUGUCCCAGCGCAUCAACUAUAUUCUCCCCUAACAUGAGCUGGGGGCUGCCUCGCUUGCACAAGCUGGAUACAGAUUCACCACCUGUGUAGUAAUGGGAACUUGAAGUUCUCACUGAAGGGGCCAAUGUAGCAGGAGAGGCUGGAGCCUUCCACUUUUAGGCACAGCUCAGGAUUUGCAGUUGUGUGACACUCCUACAGCCUUGAUUUGGCAGAAUGGGCAGCCCGGCCUUCUGGAAGCCUCAUCGUGUAGCAGGCAACUCUAGCAGGAAAUGAUCAUCCAGCACUUAAUGGAAAUGUUUGGUUGGUGACUGUUUUCUUUCAUAUCAGCAGAGUAGGUUGUAUAAGAGCUGUGGUUCUGGGCAUCCUAAUUACUGUCCUGGGGAUGUCUGUGGUGCUUUUCCUUCAGCCCCUCCCCUGUAAGUCAUUUACAAGACUCAAGUCAAAUG